UAAACACAAAAUAAUAAAAAAAUAAACGCGGCUGCUAUACACCAAACCCAGAGUCUCCUCUCUCUUGUCAAUCAAAAUUUACAGCUCUCCGAGAUCGAAUAAAACCACAUAUACAUACAAACACCUUGUAUCUAUCGAUUCUUCAUCGGAGAUCGUGCCGCGCCGAGCUCGAUUCUCUCAAUUUCCACCUAUUCAUACACGCACAUCGAUAUAUUUUAUAAUUUAAUUUCUAAUUUCGCCUGUUUUUGUCAAUCUGAUUGCUUCGAUCUUAAUUUCACGCGUUUUCAAGUUGUUUUUAUUGUUAGAGUUGAGAUUGAUUGUGUUUGUUGCUUUUGUGUUGGUGAGGGAUGUGUUUGGGGAUUUAAGGGCGUGUUUGGCUGUGUUUUAAUUGGAUUAUUGUAUGAUUUCUGUUGUUGAUGGGAGGAAGGGGGUAGGGUUAGGGUUUGAGAUGGAACAGACUGAAUUGGAAGAAGGAGAGGCGUGUUUUUAUUCGAGUAAUCGCGUAGAUUCAUCGCUUGACCCUGAUGUGGCGUUGUCGUAUCUAGAUGAGAAAGUUGAACAUGUUUUGGGACAUUUUCAAAAAGAUUUUGAAGGCGGAGUGUCUGCUGAGAACUUGGGGUCAAAAUUUGGUGGAUAUGGAUCUUUUCUACCCACAUACCAACGGUCUCCUGUUUGGUCUCAUCCAAAAACUCCACCAAAUGUUCAAAACAACAAUGCACCAAAAUCUCCAACCAGUUUGCCUUUGGAGGGUGCUCAUGUUAACUCUGUUUCGUCAAGUGCGUCUCUAUCUGCUAGGCAUGGAUCAAGUGCUGUAGGUAUGGGAACACUGCCUUUAGCCAGGGGUUCAUCUGUGGAUGAAUAUGUGAAACGAGAAGCAACCAUGCCCCCCACCAAUGUUGUGAAUAAGUCUGAUAAUCAAUCAGAUCAAAAAACUAUUAAGGUCAAAAUCAAGAUGUGUUCUGAUAAUUCGUCGACUAAAAAAAAUGCUGAGAUAUAUAGUGGACUUGGCCUUGAUGUUUCACCUACUUCCUCAUUUGAGGACAGCCCUGCAGAUGGUGAAUUGGCUCGUGAGUCUAAGAAUUCCCCAGAUAAAUCUCCCGCGAGUAUUCUUGAGAUUAUGACAUCAUCUCCGCUGCAUGGGAGCCUGAUGUUAUCACCACUCCACAAUGAUCUGAAUUCCAUGUGUGAAAAGGAAUUGCUUUUUCAAGAGGGUAGAUCUGCGCCUAUCAGGCAUAGGAGUAGCCAAGAGGGUUCCCUGAUAUCUGGAAAUGGUCCUCAUUCUGGCAGGUCUGAUAGAAAACUUGUAGCAAUGAAGAAACCUAAAACAUUGGAGAAGAAGGCCUUUAGAAUGGAGUUCAAAAAUAAUAAUGUUAGCAACAUUCAAAAUAGUGUUGAACUUCAGGUAAAGAAGGAAAUGGACGCGGACUCCUCUGUUUGUGAUGAAUUAGUUUCUAAUGCUCUGAGGCUCCCUCUUCUGUCAAAUUCAUAUGGUAGUGUUGCUGAUUCAGCAAAAGGCACUCCGAGGGUUGAUGAUAUCUCUAGGGCGGUAAAAAAAGGUGGGAUGAAGGAGGAAUUCUUUAGUCAUCUAGAAAUAAAUGAACCACAGGAACCAACGGUAAUACAGGAAAAUGGUGUUGUUGGGAAGGCCGUCUCAGGUACAAAGGUUUCAGAGUUCAAGAAAACUAAUUCAUAUGAUGAUGGGUCUAGGUGUCCCGAGAAAGGAGGAAACCUUAAACGUGAAACAAUUGAUGAUUCAUUGAAAGUUGACAUAAAUAUGUCCAAGGUGAGGGAAGGCAUAAAUCCUGAACGCAUGGAUCAUGCAAAACAAAGUGGUCAGAAAUCUCUUUCAUCUGUUGACGAUGACAUGAAAGUUUGUUCUGGGAAGGAGAACUUAUCCUCUAGUAGCAAAAGGAUAUCAAAGGGAAGUCAUAGUCGUGGUGCAGAAAUCACCACAGAAGUGCAAAAUGGGAGCACAAAGGGUGAUGUUGUUUCUGCGCCUAAAAGUAGGAAGACUGCUAAUCUUAAUGCUCACAUGCCUACUAGUGAAGUGGAAGAUAUUAAACAAGAUUUAGGGAAGCCCAAGGAUAGAUACAAAGAUUUCUUUGGAGAUCUAGAGAUGGGAGACAAUGAUAUUGAUGAAGACAUGCCUUCUAUCAGUAAGACGACUAAUUGUCCAGUGUUUGAGAAAGGCAAUGGGAAAUCCAGUAGUGUAUUAAAGGAUCAAUCAAGUAGCAAGAAAAUUGAUCAGCCAUCCACAACAGAGGCAUAUGCGAGAGCUUCUUCAAGUCUGGUUCCUCCCACCGGAAAUAGGUUUAGCUCGGAUGCAGCUGCGCCGCUAGUGCCUUUAGUCAAAGAAGAUUGGGUCGGUUGCGACAAAUGCCAAAAAUGGCGGCUACUUCCUGCUGGUAAAGAUCCUAAGAGUCUCCCUAAGAUAUGGCUGUGCAGCAUGCUUGACUGGUUGGAUGGAAUGAAUCGGUGUAGUUUUAGCGAGGAGGAGACGACAAAGGCUGUGCUCGCCCUUCACCAAACCUUUGCUCCUGGUCUUGCUCCUGCUCCUGUUCAUGAGGGCCAAAGUAGCCUGAACAGAUAUUCUGGUAUGGCAUCAUCUGGACUUGUUGAUUCACUGCAGGUUGACCAAAGUCUCCAAGACAUAGGUGGAAAGAAAAAACAUGGUUUAAGAGAUGUUUUAAAUGCAUCUAGCCACAAUGGCUCCUCGCCAUAUUCAAGCUCUAAAAAGAAGAUCCCUCAUGCAUCGUUUAAAAAUCAAAGCUUUAAUGGUGAGAACCGUUCACCUAGUCAGCAUGAAGUUGACUUCCAGCUUUCUGGUCAGUCUAGUGGUUUAGUUGGGCAGAAACAGAGACAUAAGAGGAAAGAUAAGAGCAAACCACAUGCAACUCCUGGCGAAGGUGAUACCAAGAGCUUGAAGAUAAGAAACAAAAGAGAGAACAAUCAAGAAUUUUCCAAAGCCUCUAAGAAACUUAAGGCAAGCAGUGACCAUAUUGAGGAAGAGUGGAAGUCUGACAAUGGGGGUGCUGCCUUGAAAGUGGGCCAUAGCUCAAGUAGUGGGUUGUCAAUAAAGAAGACAGGGAAGCAUCGACAAAAAUAUGAUGAUCAUCCUAAGGAGUCAAAGCGAGACUUGAAGGUUUCUGUCAGAAAUUCUGAAGACCGGACUCAGUUUCCAUCAGAUGAGAGGUUGCUUCAUACGGAAUAUAUUGAUGGAGAUGUGAAGAAAAGGAAGAAGAUAAAUGAGUAUCAUGACAUUCAGCCGUAUACCACAUCUCACAUAACUGAAGGACAUCGCCCUGAAAAUCACAGGGAUUUUAUGGAAGAAACAAGUGAAAGCAACCACCGCGAGGAAAAGAAAGCAAGAGUGUCCAAAUCUGGGGGAAAAGAAAGGUCCAUGAGCAAAGGGAGUGGAGUUGACAAAAAAAGCAGGAGUUCAAAAAACCAGCAAACAGAAGUAGCUCUUGAAAAUGGUUUGUUUGACCGUAGCAUGGAUGAUCUAGUCAAGAAGGAUGUCAGAUCUACACAGCCACCUGUUGCUGCUACUUCAAGCUCUUCAAAGGUUUCUGGCUCUCGUAGAAGCAAAGCCAAUAUACAGCAGGAGGUUAAAGGUUCGCCAGUGGAAUCAGUUUCUUCAUCUCCCCUAAGAGUGUGCAAUCAAGAUAACUUUACAUCAAAUAGAGGAGACCUUAAAGGUAAAGGUGAUUCUAAAGAAGAUAUUUUAGCUACAAGUAGUCCAAGAAAAUGCUUGGAUGGUGAAGAUGGCGUGGGGAGUGAUCAAUCGAGGAUGUUACAGAAGAAUGUAACCAUCACUGUUAAAAAUCGUGGUUCCAUGGUAUCCUCCAUGCCUGAUUUGCAGGAAAGGGGUCAGUGUCAAAUAUCUGGGAGAAAUGCUGCAGCAGAGGCUGUAUCUUCUUCACAGUUUGCAACUCACCAUGUUACUGACCCCUUACAAUCUAAUCAAUAUCCUCUGGUUUCAGAGAAAUGCUCAAAUGAUGAAAGUGGGAAAAUGAAUCAGUAUCACAAUAAUGGGUCUCGUCGUAAAUCUGGAAAGGGUUCGUCUUCAAGAUCUAAAGACAACGGUCGUGGCUCCAGAUCUGAGUCUGAGAAGGGAAGUCUCAAGGCAGCAUUCGAUUCCAAUGGAUACAUAGAUCAUUCCUCUCACGAUGAAAAUUCGAAAGCAAGAAGUAAGUUGCAGGAUAAACUUGGUAUAAAUUCUGAAAAAACCGAAAAGGAUAUUUUUCCUAAGAAUGAUCCUGCUGCAAAUUCAUCGACCGAAAGCGGUAAACGAGAGACUCAGUCAAAGUGGGUUCCGCUUGACAGUUCAGAUAAAAGACAAGUUGUUUCCAACCAUGACCCCAAACUGAACCUUCCAAUGGAUGGGAACUCUGAAAAAUCUUCGAAGAGGUUUUCUUCUGACAAAACAGGCCGGGUUGAUGCAUCAGGAAAAGGCAAGUCACAUUCAUUACCUCCAUCAGGAAGAGGUCAGAAUGAGACGUCACGCUGGCCUCAACCAAUUAAUGGAAUUCAGAAAGACAAUGGCAUAAAUUUAUCAGCAGCCAGUACCAGUGAAGGUGAUGAUGCAUUAAAUGCUGCAAAACAGAUCAAGAAGUUAGAGAGUCAGAGUGGGAAUGGCAAACAGCCUAUUAAUACCAAAAACCCAAUAAAUGGUCACAAGGGUCGGGAAAUUGAUGCCCCAAGUCCUAUUCGAAGGGAUACAUCCAGUCAGGCUGCGAACAGCGCUGUAAAAGAAGCAACAGAUCUUAAACACCUGGCUGACCGUCUCAAGAACUCUGGAUCAACCCUCGAAAGUACUGGUCUUUAUUUCCAAGCAGCUCUCAAGUUUCUGAACGGAGCCUCUUUACUAGAAUCUGGCAACAGUGAAAAUGCAAAGCAUGGGGAAAUGAUUCAGUCAAUGCAAGUGUAUAGUAGUACGGCUAAACUUUGCGCGUUUUGUGCCCAUGAGUUUGAGAAAAUCAAAGACAUGGCCUCUGCAGCUCUUGCUUAUAAAUGUGUAGAAGUGGCAUACCUUAGAGUAAUUAACUCUUCACAUUCCAGUGUAAGCAAAGACCGGCAUGAGUUGCAAUCCGCCCUGCAAAUAGUUCCUCCAGGAGAAUCUCCGUCUUCGUCUGCUUCAGACGUUGAUAACUUAAACAACCCAGCAACAAUGGACAAAGUUGCCUUAACCAAGGGUGCUAAUUCUCCUCAAGUUACUGGAAAUCAUGUCAUACCAUCCCGAAACCGACCAAAUUUUGUGCGGCUGCUCAACUUCGCGCAAGACAUUAAUUUUGCAAUGGAAGCCUCCAGAAAAUCACGAAUUGCUUUUGUAGCUGCUAAUUCAAGGGAGGAGACCAAGUAUCGUGAGGGUUUGCCUUCUGUUAAAAAGGCUCUUGAUUUCAACUUUCAAGAUGUGGAGGGAUUCUUGCGUCUGGUACGGCUUGCAAUGGAGGCUAUAAGUCGUUAAAAGGACAAAUGCAAAGAGUGAUAAAUUUUGAUGAGAGUUCCUUCCCUUGCUUCCUGAACUUUGAUCACAGUGGGUGGAGAAGUCAAGACUUACCCUGAGCUGUAAAAUUUUGUUAAGAAAUGAACGUACUAGCUCCUUCACAUCAUGCUCUGUACAGUUUUAGGAGAAAUGUGAAAGUAAAUAUGAUAUCCGAUGUGUAUUUCGGGCUCAAAAUUUUGUCAAUUAAAUGAUGGCGAAAAUCAAUUGAAACUUUCCCAAGAAAGAAUAACAUUUAGAUACAAACAGUGUGCUAUGGGCGGUUCAGGCCUGUAUUUAGAGUAUAUACAGAGGGGGGUGGUAACCAAAAAUUCUCUACCAUUCUAUAAAUUUGGGACUCUUGAAGUUUGGGUUUUCUUCAUUCUGGCAUUCUUUUCAUAAGGGCAUUGAAGGGAAGACUGCCUUGUUAAUAUUUUUUUUUAGUUUUUAUUUGCAAAAAUGGAGUUACCAGAAGGUUAAUGUACUUGAGAAGAGAUCCAUAUGCGGAACUUCAUAUAGCUGUACAAGGAGAGUAGUGCUAUUAAAUCACAGUUAUGUGCAGUGUGUUUUAGGCGGUAAUCUGCUUCUGCCUGGGAACCGUGUAAUAUUCAACAUUCGUAGAUACUGUGUAGAAAAAUAAUGGAUUUGCAAUGCUGUAAUGGAGUGCAUAUUGCUGCCUGUUCAUGUGUUCCCCGAGUAAUUCUUUAGAAGGUGCUUACUGGACAAAUGGUGUAGAUCGGUUGGCGAUAGAAUUAGUAUUUUUGGUUUUCAUUGUACCUGUAUUCCUGUGUUAUAAUUUUGUCCGUCUCCUUCUCUGGGGAUUUGAACUGUUAUUUUUCCGGAAUUGUAAAUCAGCAAAUUAUUCAAUUCAUAAUUUGAUCUGUUUACUGUAGAAACAUAUGAAUGCAAAGUAUAUGGCUUGUCCCAUAAAUUUAGGUGUAGGGCGAGGAUAAGAAUACACGAGGCGAGAUAUCUGAUGUAUAAUUAUUUAGAGGUGUGUGGAGGUUGUAUCUUUUGAAUGUAGCAGCUAAAAUAAAAAAGUUAUAGUUUCAAAUGAA